CUUAUGAAGGCGGUACACGUCUUUAUAAGGCAGGCACAGAGACCAGGACUUUAAGAUCCAGAUCAAGCUCUCGUCCGGACAUCAGACUUGACUGCGGAAGUACUUCAACUUGGACGUCAUAGGACACAGAUUUAACCAUGAUCAGGACUUUCCUCCUUCUGUUUCUGCUUGUCGGAAGCAACAGUCGCGUUUUAAACAAACGUGAAUCAGGCGAGCCAGACGAGUGGUCUGGUGAUUCAGACGAGUGGUCUGGUCAUGACCACAUCGCCUCAACGGAAACCUCCAUCACAGAGACGGCCCUAUACACCCGUCCAUACACCCACUCCACCACAGAGACGACCACAGACACCACGCUCUUUUACAGCCAUCCAUACACCCACACCUCAGAUACGACCCAAUACACCCACACCUCAGAGACGACCGAAUACACCCACACCUCAGGGACGACCACAUACACCACGACCCCAUACACCUCCACCACAGGGCCAAGCACCACCCCAGAGACGACCACCACCAAAGUGAAGCCCUACUACCACCAUCACCACCAUUACUACUACUACCACCACCACCACCCCCUCCACAACUCCAGUGCACACCACCACCAUCACCACCACCCCCUCCACAACUCCACUGCACACCACCCCCAUCACCACCACCCCCUCCACAACUCCAGUGCACACCACCACCAUCACCACCACCACCACCACCACCACCACCGUAGAUAGGACACAAUAUAUCGGUAACCAAUCUGGCGCCCUAGGCAAGAUUUUAGAUGGCGCCCCCCCCCCCACAUCGGCAGUGAACUGUAUAUACUCACAAGAAACCAAAUAGCUUUGUCUUUGACCUUUUUUUUUUACUUAAAGAAAGCAAAUUAACAAUCAGAAUAGUUAACAAGAUAAAAAAAAAUAUGAAUAAAUAAAUGAAUGCAAAAAAUAAAAAAUUAAUAUAUGAAAUACAAUAUUUUUUACAUACAUAUUGCUUAAUUAACAUUAAUGAUGUGCACUUUAACAACUAUACCUAAUGGGUGGAAAAGUGACUAUUACCUGCAGGGCAAACAUUAGCUAACCAGAAGGCAAUAACAAUGUAAACAAAAAACACCUGCUUAAAAGAUCUAAUACAAGGAAUGUAAGGUGGGAGUACUGUAAUUACCUAACGUUACAUUAUUAUUUUCCAUCACAAUUUAGCCCCCUCCACAAUAUUAACCCGACGUUAAAACAGAACUAGCUAUUUAUUGAUUAGCAAUUGCCGAAUCAUGUAACAUUAGCUUAAUGCUAAAAAGCCAGGUUACUAUCACAUUCUGUAACAGACAAAUAAUUUCAUGUAGGCUAACGUUACCUACCUGUUAGUCUUUUCUCUUUUUUCUUCCCUGGGCACCUGACAGUUUUGGCCGUUUUUGAGAUCUUGUGUUGAUUUUUUGAUGUGGUGACGUCCAAAAAGAGUCAUGA